AUGUCUGCAGCCCAAAGAUAUGUGUCGAUGGAGCUCUUCUACGCCCCCGGUGUCUCGCAGUACAAGCCAAGAGAUUUUGUGCCCAGUACGAUCGACACACUUGCACUUCCCGUAGCGGAUGGCUGGGACAGGGAGACGAUGGCGCUUGCUCCGCUUGAUGCUCGAUUCCAUGGCUCAACUAUGCAGAUCAUGACGCUGGUUGACCCAGCUGCCAAGAAAUACACUGAGCCUCCAGUCACGUACUACCCAGCGAUCGUCCAGUAUACUUCCAGGGUCUCCAAAGCAGCAAUCCUGGGCUUGACCGCUGCUUCGGGAUGCACCGACGAAGUCCAGAAAACGGUCUGCCGCUCCGAUUCGGACACCGUCACUCCUUCAACGAUCGUGACCGAGCUCAAUAAGCAGAGACAGAAUGUGGACGGGGACGUACCGAUCACUCACAAGCUUGUGCAGGCCGCAUCAGAGGAUGCCUUCCCGAAGCCUGUGAUGCCGGAGACCGAGCCUCAAGAGACGCCAGGUCCGAUCUUCUUAGCCUCUGAUUCGAACACGGCCGCAAGGAUGAGGCCGUAUAGACCUUCUAUACCUGCUGCGGUGAGGACCCACAAUGCUGAGAACGUCGAGUCACAAUCGAGCAACAUUGCUGGAAUGCAGCAUGCAUUCUGUAACAUGAUGCAUCCGGAACAUAUCAGCCAAGGCGAAACACAGACACUCAGUCAGAUGACACAACCACUCGUUCAGAAAGGCCGGAACACAAGCCUCGGUCACUCAGCUAGCUCACCACCCCAGGUAGCCUUGCCAAGCACAGCGAAGCGCGAUGCACUCAUGUUGUCGCCCUCCAAAGCCAGCAAUCUCAAGCAAGAGCAACGGCAACUGAAGAACACUGCCAUUGAGAUAAUCAAGCACAGCGGAAGACGCGACCUAAAAGGUGAUCUCGUGCUCUGCCAGUGCGACCAUCACAAGGAAGAAGAUGGCAUGGUGCAGUGCACAUACUGCAAGACUUGGCAGCAUCUGCCAUGCUACGGGUAUACAGGAGUCGACGAUCCACGCCUACCAGACGAGCACACGUGCUACCAGUGUUUACUUGACAAGGACGAGCACGCCACCCUAGUUCGACUACAAGACCUAGCACUGAAGAGACGGGUGAUGGAUUACGCCAUCCAGCACGGCUUCAGGUCGCAGAAGCAACUCGUUGAUGAUCUCGAGCUGCAGCCACGUCAAGCCCCCACCGUCAUGGCCUUCUUGAAGACAGCCGGCUAUCUCGUGGAUGCCUCUGGUGCCCACAAGCCAGGUUAUGCUGCGUCCCGCAAGCCGAGCCUCGUGGCGGUCAUCAGCGGCCCAAACCAUCAAGAUAUGCUUCAGACUCUUUUCGAUCCCCUCGCACUAAUUGCACAUCAUUACAAGCUGCCAGCCAGGCCAAUGACCCAACUCAACCUGACGCAACAUCUUCUGGCGUCCCAAGCACCCGACAUGCCACCGCCUGCCACACCUACGGUCCGCCAUCACAAGGGCGUAUCUGCCACACCAGGUUCUGGUCUCGACAUUCGUGCUUCGAUGGCACCUUACGAGACACCAAGUCGUCCUCGCGGCCAAGCUCUCGCUCCUCGGAAGCGUCCUGCGGAAGAAUCGGUUGAUUCCAACUUCUUCAAGCGCUUCAAGAGCAUGCAGACGAAGUGCGUCCUGGAUGCGAAUGGCAUGACCUCGAGUCCAGCGUUCUACACUUCCGAUCUGUAG